AUGUACUACAAUCUCUCAAUCUUAUUUCGUGGGGGUCCUACUCCUUUCCUCAUUAGUGAAGGUGACCGGAGCGAUGGCUCUAUGUUCAAAUCUCAGGUCGCAUUGGCUAUCUACUUGCUUGAUGAGAAAGGCGAAUAUAUCGGUGACCAAGCGACACUGGCACCCAGUAACGCGCUGAACAUCGAGUUGGAAGUAUUUGAGGCCUCCACUCGUCGCGUUAAAUCCAACUUAAACAGAGCUGAAAACGAGAUGAAUUUGAUGCGCACAGUCAGCUUAUCAGAUCGUAGUGUUGCCGAACAAAAUUUUGAGAAAGUCAACUGGUAUGGGACGUUGAACACUUGCGUCAUGGUAAUCUCUGCUAUCACACAGGUAUAUCUGAUCAGGAGUUUAAUCACCGAAGGAUCUAAACUUGGUAAAUUCUUGAGAAAAGGAAGGCUUUAA